AUAAGAGAAAAGGAGCCAAAUUUGGAAUUAAUGAAUUGGAAAGUUAUGCAAUUUUCUUUUUGACUUUGGUUUAACAUUUUUAUUAAAUUUUUACUCUUUAAAAAUUUAUGACUGAAUAUUACCCAUCAGAAGUUGCACGAUUGGUCUUGGGUUAUUUAAAAGAAGCAAAUUGUCCUAAAACAUGGAAUGCAUUUUUAGUAGAAAGUAUCGAUCUUCAAGAGCACUAUCGAUUAUUGCAAAGUGGAAAGUCAUGUUCUACAAAUAUAGAAGGAAAGUCGCUCUUGGAAAUUCUUCGUGAAUAUUGUUAUUUUAAAGAUAUUGUUAAAAGAAAUAGAUGGAAUGAAUCCAAUUCAAGUUAUGCCAGUUUAAAUUAUUUGUAUCCUGAUGCAAGUUCAAGCAACAGAAAUUCAAAUGCUUCCUGUUCUGAAAAUAUCAAAAUUCUCCAAGCAAAUAAUACCGAAGCAUGUAGUAACUUUCGAAUUUAUCAGACUUCUCAGACGCAAGCCAUUGUUUGUUUGCCAGAAAGAGAAAAUAGAUCACUAUGGAGUGUGCAAACAUAUGUAUCUCCUUCUACUAAACUACAUUCAUCCAGACAUUUGCAGAAAGUUUGUGUAAGAACUUUAAAUUUUGGAAAUGAUGAAUCUGUAUCUGUUCAUAGUAAUGGCUUUGAAACUCCUAUAAGACAUGCAUCAUUUCAACCAUCUACGAGAGAAGCUAUUACAACACAAAGAAUCAGUCAUUCCAAUUCCGUGAAAAGACAGCCAAUAAAAUCAAGUAAAAUGGUUCAGACAAAAACAUCUCAGGUAAUUUUCAGUAGCAGAAGUUGCCAAACUUUUUCAGAUUCAUCUUGCCAUCAAAAACCCUCAAUGAGAAUAUCCACUAAAUCUUCUCAUCAGCUAACAAAUUCUAUAACUUCCCCUAAUCACAGUGCUAAAAAUCAGUUACAAUCAAAUAUUGAGCUUAUGAAAACAGACAUGGAUGAGACACUUAAUACCUCAAGGCCUCUGACAUUUGAAAACAAUGUUACUACCAAUACUGCUGUAUUCACUUCAACUGAAAGCAGAGCAAAUGAAAAUAAAGAAAAUUCUGCAACAAUACAACAAGAUAUUGAAUCAUCUUCUUAUGCUGAAGCUUCAAAUUUUAGUUCCCCCAAAUUGUUUCACUCUUUCCACCAUUCUCGAGUUUCUUCUUUGACAACACCAUUGAAAGACAGAAGGCAAUGCAAUGAAGAGUUCACUUCCCCCAAGAGGAAAAGUCCUACUUUAAGGAAGUUCAUUGAAUAUUCCCAUCCUAAGCAGAUCAAUUCAAAUGAUACUGAGGAAAUUAAAAAUUCUGAUGCAGUAUUUCAAAAUAAUCUGAACAGAGCUGAAAAAGAUUCCUUAUUUAAUGCCAUUCCUUUUCAUAAUAAUAAAGAUUGUGAUGAUUUGAAGAUUCAAGAAUCUGCCAUUGAAAGUACAGAGGGAGUUUUUUUAACAGCUGAAGAUGCUCAAACAAAUGAAAAUAAAAAUAUGCAAGCUACAAUUGUUGAAACAAUGAUUUUAGAACCAGAAACAGAUUCUUCAGAACAAUGUAAUAAUAUAGAAGAAAAAAAUAAUAAGCAAAAUUUUUUUAAUGAAACUGCUUUACAACUGCUGGCUUCAUCUCAGGUUGUUUCUCUUAGCAAUAAAUCAGAUAUUAACCACAAUACACCAACAGAUAUUAAUAUUGAAACUCCUGAACCAGUGCAAGUAGAUAAAGUUAACACUGAUUUGAUGCAGGAAUCUGAUUCAAAAGAUGCUUUUGACUCUUACAUGUCAAUUAUACAACAAGCUACUGAAAACCAAGUGGGAAGCUGCAGUAAUGAACAAAAUAAAGAUGCUGCUAAUGGUGUCAAGGAUGUGCAAUUUACAGUAUCUAGUAUAAAUGAAAGCUCUACUUCUGUUUCUACUUCUGCAACAGAACUUGGUGCAAAUAGCAUAUUAAAACCAGUGCCUAUUGGAACACCUUUUCAAGUUGAAACUCAAAUAAUUGUCCCUCAAGCUGCUUGUAGUAUUAACCAAUCAAUUCCAAUGAUUCAAAAGAGUAGUUGUUGUCCUUCUUCAUCUCUAAUGAAUAGGGAAAUGCCACUUAUCCCAAGUAAUAAAAAUAAUCCUAUUCAACCAACUGUCCAAAAUCAAAACUGCAUUGUAAAUUCUAAUUUUCAAACUUCACCUGUUUUACAGUUUUCUUAUCCCGCUGCUUCUGGCUUUCCUAUGCAGUCUUUAAAUGGUUUCCAAUCCAAAAUAAUUGUAAUUCAGCAACCAUGCUGUACACGUAGUAUGAAUAUUAGAAAUUGGACAAAUGAUAAUUUAACAAAUAAUAUCAUUCUUCCAAUUCAGCCAGUGUCUGCUAAAAAUGUAACUCAGUCAACUAUUAUGAAUUCAUCUCUUACAAAAAAGUCACAUAAUUCUGACCCAUCAAAGUCUUUCCUAGCAACCAAUGUUAUCAAUUUUGGGAAAAUAACAUCUGAAACUAUUAAAGCACCGAAGAAAACCAAAAAAGCCUCCACUAUUCAAGCAAAAGAUUUACUUGGUAAAAGGAGGAGGCAAAAGAAUUCAAAACAGAAAUCAUCUAUUGGCUUUAAACAAAAAACUUCUGGCCAAUCAUCAUUUUGUUCUCGUUCGAAUUCUACUGAAAAUACAGAUGUUGAAAAGAAAAUAGAAAAAACUGUUGAUGAAGGGAUGUCUUAUCUUAUCAAUUCUAGUUCUAGAAAAGGCAGUGGUUCAAAUAAAGUGAAAUGGAAAAGAUUAAAUCGUAUUCAAAAAGAAACUUCUGAAGAAAGUGAAAAAAUGGAAAAAGUCAUGCAAUCACAUGACUUAUCUGAAAUGACUGGAUAUUCUUCAUGCAACCCAAUUGUUCUUGAAAGUGAUGAAGACAUAGUAAUGUCUGAAAUAGAUAAUAAAAAUGUUACUUCUCAACUAAUGGUAACUACUAAAAAUAAAUCCUCAAAGAAAAAACAGAAGAAAAAAUUUAAGGAUAAACUCUGUAAAAAAUUAACUUCUUCUUCAAAAGAAAUAAUUUUAAACAUUAAGAAGUCAAGAAGAAAAAAAUCAUCAAUAUCUCAUUGCUUAUAUGAAAUGAUCGGAAAUUCUUCAUGUAAUCCGAUUAUUCUUAAAAGUGAUGAAGACAUGGAAACAUCUGAAAUGGUUAAUGAAAAUGUUACUUCUCAAGUGAUAUUGACUGCUGAAAGUGACUUAUCAAAGAAAGAGCAAAAGAAAAAAUUGCGGGAUGACAAAUGUUGUACAAAAUUAAAUAAAUCUUCAAAAGAAACAAUUUUAAACAGAAAAAAGUCAAUGGAAAAGAUUUUAUCUAUAUCUCUAACAGAAAAUUCAUCUAAAAGUGGUGAAAUUAGUGAUCACCUUUCACAAAAUACAGAGUGUAGUUCCCUAACUGGAAAAAGUAAUUAUAAAACAACAAAAGAACAUUAUAAUAAGGAACAAGAAAAACAGAAAUCGUCUAACAAAAAAUCAAAAACAGAAAAUUUAAAUACAAUUAAAGAGAAAACAAGCAUAAAUGAAACUAACAAUCAACUUUUGUUAAAUGAGAUAAAUUGUUCUCCCUCUGAAAAUGGCUGUAUUACAUCCCCGAAGAUGAAACAAAUAUCUGAGAAUAAAAGUAUGAGUUACAUAUCAGCCCAUCUAAAAGAGAAAGAGACUUGUCAUCCAAAUUCACCUAAAAAAAGUCAAUAUUUAUUGAGAACAGUAAAUAAGAGUAGAAACAUUGAUAAAAUUUGUGAUAAACUUAAAUUAAGUGCUAUCCAAUAUUCUUCUAGUAAGGAAAAGUCUUUAAAAAAGGACGAUCAGACAAUUAACAAACUUCCUAAUAGUGUAGUAACUGCUAGUUAUUAUGCAGACUCUGCUAUUAAGCAUCAAACUGUAGCAACUAGAAAUUCAAUUGAAGUAUCAAAUGAUGAUACUCCUUUUGAUCAUGAACUUUUUUCUUCAGAAAUAGUUGUGCCAGUGAAUCCUACUGAGAGUGAAGUAUUAAAAUCUGCAUCUAUUGAAAUUGAAAAUGAAGAGAAAUCAACUGUCAGCUCAGAACUUAGAAAUAAUAUAGCAUUUAUUUCUGAGGCUGCUGUCAAUUCUAAGCAAUCUAGUGGAGAUUAUAAGCUUUUAAAACCAAGUAUCAAGAAACGAGUGUUGCAUCCUCCCAAAAAAAGAACAACUCCGUUUCCUAUUCAAUCUCCUUGUGAUGAAGUUUUUUCUCCUUCUUUUUCUUCAACAAAUGCAACAUCAACUUUAAACCCUAAUGAAAUGCCUUUAUCUAGAAACCCCUCUCAUACAGAGAUUAAUAAAUUGGUUACUUGUCCACCUAAACUGCAUUCUCCAGAACAUACAAUUUCUGUUGAUUUGAGUACAGAGUUUAGAGAAAUGCCUUCAUCUCCAAUUAAUAUUGAUACUAUUAGAAAAUGUCAUACACUCAAGUCCAACAAAAGUGAUUUACUUCUUAGCCCUGAUCCCAUUUUAGAUUCUUUGUGUACUGUAGACACUCUUCUUGAUAAAAAUAUUCCACUAUCUGAUACUUGUAAAGCAUUUCUUGAUAAAAAGAAAAACCUUGGAAAUAAAAUAUUUUCUGAAAUGAAUAAAGCAGAAAAUGUAAGCCAACAGAGAAAAUUUCCUCUGUCUCUCAUAAAAGAUUCCUCAGAAGAAGAUGGUUUCAGAAAGUUUCUUCCAAGAAUUGAGGCUAUUCAAGAAAAUAUUUCAGCUCACAAAAGAGCAUCUGAAAAUGCAGCAUUAUUUCCUUCUUCUCAGAAACAUUUGAAAAAUGCUAAUUUAUUAUCUGGCAAAGAAAACUUCCUAAAAUUUCCCAGGAAAAAUUUUACCUGUAAACAAAAACCUUCUCAAGCUUCAUGUCAACUACAAAAUAAACUAAACCUUACUACCAAUUUUAAUCCUCAUUGUGAAAUUUUUAUUAACAAAGUUUCUGAUCAGAUGAAAUCUUGUGAGACUAAUAAUACUUCAUCAUUUCAUAGCAAGUCUGUAGAACAUCUGCAACGGAAAAAAAAGUCACCAAUUAAUUGUUCAGCUCUAUUAACUAAAGUUAAGUCUAAAUCCAACCUGAAAAGAAGUGCUAAUAUUCCACUGAUACCAGCCGGAGUUAAAAUUCCUAACAAAUGGAGUAAAUCUAAAAUUAAAAAUUAUUCUGAUAUGAUUUCAAUGUCUGAAGAUGAAAAGGGUUCUAAGGUAACAAAAAGUAAACCAACUACGAAAGUUACAAAAUUUAAAUCUUCAUUAAAUAUAAAUUCAGCUUCCAAAAGAAAAACCGAGUUUCCAUUCGAUCUUUCGAUAAAACCAGAUCUUUAGAAAACACUACAUUCUCAGCAAUAAGCAUAUCAGCUAUAGUCAGAAAAGCAUAUCUGACUUGUCAGUUUUCUGCUCAUCACCAGAGUAAGCAAUAACUAUUGUGAAAAAUCAAGAUUUCUAUCAUGAAAAGGCUUCUGAAAAGAGAUUAUAUCUAGAUAUUAUUUUAAGCACAAGCAUGGGUAUUAUGUCUUAUAAAAAGAACUACAAAUAUACUAGUUUGACAAUAUAUAUAUAUAUAUAUAUAUAUCCCAUAACAGCACAGGAAGAAUGAAUGGAAAAAUGUCUAUGAUGUAUUUAUUUAUUUUUUUAAUUUUUGUAUUGUGAAAACUUUCUUAAAGUAAUAAAGAUUAAUAAUCUUCAAAUAAUAAAUUAAAACUACAGCUUUAAUCAACAUGUUCUUUAUGACACUAAAAAAAAUCACACGCUUACAUUUGAUUUGUUAUGCGACAUGAUACCUCAGCAUGUCAUUAACUGUAAAUGUGUUGUAUAACAAGUUAUUAUUCGUUCUAAUUCUUAAAAUGCAUAAAGCAGUUUUGAAAAUAUGACUUGACAAGCUGUUGAAUCAUUUUCUGUGUGAUGGCAGGAAUAAGUUUCGAUAAAUGAAAGUAAAAAUAUAUGAAUGUUUUAUUUUGUCAGAAUGUUAUUUACAUGCUUGGUGCUUUCUAAAUUGCAAAAUAAUCGGGUAUAAAAUUUAAUUGUUGAUUCUCAACUUCUGCUAUGCUUUUAGUUUCUUAUUUUGGAAUGAGUUUUAAAAUCUCUGGUCUAAAUCUAGUAGUAUAGUUUUAUUUACA